AUGGAACUCUCCAAGCGCCGCAAGACUGUUACCGCCCCACCGCAGACGAGAUCACAAUCCUGGCAGCUUUCUUCUCCCGGCAUCAGCAGCCUCGACGACAAUCUAAUCUUCGAAAUCCUAACCCGCCUCUCAAACCCCAGAUCCGUCUUACGCUGCAAAUCCGUCUGCAAGCGGUGGAAUUCCCUCAUCUCCACUCCCGACUUCCUCCCAGAUUUCCUCCGCCGCAUAGCAACUCACGGCAGCGAAGACGAAUUCCCCCUCCUCUUUCCGCAAUCCCAGCAGGAAACCAUGGGGUUCCUCCCAAUCCCAGACAAAUACCGCCCUCGGUUCCGCGUGCUGGCAUCCUGCCACGACCUGAUCCUCUGCGGGUUGACGACGCGCGACUAUGUGGAGAAUUGGUUCUACGUCUGCAACCCUUUCACGAAACAAUGGGUCAUCCUUCCGUUGGCCCCCAAUCGAGGCGAAGCGCUCCGCAGCCAGAGGAUCAUGGUGGGCUUCGUCUGCCAGCCGUGCUACAGCUACUGUGGUUUCAAAGACCAGGUACUGAUCGAUUCCCAAUUCAAGUUCAGGGUAGUUAUUUUGUAUGAAAAUGGAGGCGCCGUGUUCUGUUCCGAAUCAGGAAAAUGGGUCGACAGAUUUAACCAUUUCCAGGAAGGGUAUGGGCAUUUUGUAACCUCUGAUAGCCACAUUACCUUGCCUUCCUUCGACGGGAAGGUCUACUGGAAGGACGACGAUUCACGUCAGUUAGUCGGUUUUGAUCCGUUCGACAUAGGUGGAGUAGUGGAAACCAUCGAUUUCUCCGAGUUGUAUUCACAUUCCCCACAAUUGGUAUGCCGAUUCGACAUUGGGGUUUCGAAGGGUUCUCUGCAUAUGAUUGUAGCAGAGCAGCUCGAGGGAGAUGACAGUUCCGUAGAUGGAUUGAGUGUUUGGAGACUGGAAGGUAAGAAGAAUUGGAAGCUGGAGAAUCGAAUGUCUUUGAGAUCAAUACUCGGGAGAUUCAAUUUACAAAAGAAUAACAGGGGAGGAUUGAUGAAUAGUUUGGAGGUAAAAGGGGUAUUGGGUAUGCACCCAUCUAAGCCAGAAAUCGUCUAUUUAGCUUAUGCCAAUUUCGGUGCUUGCUAUGCUGUGUCCUGCAACUUCAAGAGUGAAGAGCUCGAGCUUUGUGGCACUUCGACCUUAGAAUCGAGGUUCUGUUGGAACGUCUUCCAACCGGAGGUCCCUUUCUGGCCUACCCCAGUUCCUGUUCCAACCUAUGAUCGUGUGGUGUUUUCUUAUGUUGAUGGUAGAACUGAUAGCAUUGUGGCUCAUAGCAACGUGGUUGAACCAUCAGAAUUGAAUAGCGGCCCUGGGAGACGGAUGAGCUUUUCUUGGAUGCGUAUGAUCUUCUGGAAAAUGAUUAUGAGAGUGUGA